GUACAGAUGAAAACAGUCUGGAGGAAGCUUGAAGUACAAUACAGUUCCAUUCAGUUUCCUCAUUCUGAGGAAACAAAGUUGGAAAAGUUACAAAAUCAUCUUUUUAGUCAAGCACCAAACCUUGUAUUAGGCUUCACAGAGCAGACUAAGCUUAACCUCUGCCAAGCAGAAGGGCCAGCUGCUUUGCACAGGAAGGAUUAAAAGCGAACAAUGACUCGACAGAGAGUGUAUGAGCGAUUGCUUGGAGCCUACCUGCUUAUCAUUCUCCACGUUCAAGGUCAAAAUCCAGACAGCAUGCUUCAUGGCACAGGAAUGAAGACAAAUCCUGACCAAAAGAAACAAGCGAAUGGAGUAACACUCGCUCCAGAGGACACCUUACCUUUUCUUAAGUGCUACUGCUCAGGACAUUGUCCAGAUGAUGCUAUUAAUAACACAUGCAUAACUAAUGGGCAUUGCUUUGCUAUCAUUGAGGAAGAUGAACACGGAGAACCCACGCUUGCUUCUGGCUGCAUGAAGUAUGAAGGUUCAGACUUCCAGUGCAAGGACUCGCCUAAAGCACAAUUACGUCGAACAAUCGAGUGCUGUCGGACUGAUUUCUGCAAUCAGGAUUUACAACCAACUUUACCACCACUUGAUAGUACAGAUGGACUUUUUGAUGGCAGCAUUCGUUGGAUGGCAGUGUUGAUUUCUAUGGCAGUCUGCAUAAUUGUCAUGAUCAUCUUAUUUAGCUGCUUUUGUUACAAGCAUUACUGUAAGUCGAUGGCAAAGAGGCACUGUUAUAAUCGUGACCUGGAACAAGAUGAAGCAUUUAUUCCAGCUGGGGAGUCAUUGAAAGACCUUAUUGAUCAGUCGCAGAGUUCUGGGAGUGGAUCAGGACUACCGUUGUUGGUUCAGCGCACUAUUGCCAAACAAAUUCAGAUGGUGAGGCAAGUUGGAAAAGGACGGUACGGCGAAGUGUGGAUGGGCAAAUGGAGGGGUGAAAAAGUUGCAGUGAAAGUGUUUUUCACCACAGAAGAAGCCAGUUGGUUCCGAGAAACAGAGAUUUACCAAACUGUUUUAAUGCGUCAUGAAAACAUCCUUGGUUUCAUAGCUGCAGAUAUUAAAGGCACUGGCUCCUGGACACAGCUUUACUUGAUUACAGAUUAUCAUGAAAAUGGAUCAUUGUAUGACUUUCUGAAAUGCACUACGCUGGACAACAGGGCUCUCCUCAAGCUGGCGUAUUCUGCUGCAUGUGGCCUGUGCCAUCUACACACAGAAAUUUAUGGGACACAAGGCAAGCCUGCUAUUGCACACAGGGACCUGAAGAGUAAAAACAUCUUGAUAAAGAAAAAUGGAACCUGCUGCAUUGCUGACUUGGGUCUUGCAGUCAAGUUUAACAGUGACACAAACGAAGUUGAUGUUCCCUUGAAUACUAGAGUGGGAACAAAACGUUACAUGGCUCCAGAGGUCCUAGAUGAAAGCCUGAAUAAAAACCAUUUCCAACCAUACAUCAUGGCUGACAUCUACAGUUUUGGGCUGAUCAUUUGGGAAAUGGCUCGGCGCUGCGUCACAGGAGGUAUUGUUGAAGAGUAUCAGUUGCCAUAUUACGACAUGGUGCCAAAUGAUCCGUCCUAUGAGGACAUGAGAGAAGUGGUGUGUGUCAAACGCCUACGCCCAGUAGUAUCGAAUAGAUGGAAUAGUGAUGAAUGUUUAAGAGCAAUAUUGAAAUUAAUGUCUGAAUGCUGGGCUCAUAAUCCUGCCUCAAGGCUCACUGCCUUGAGGAUCAAGAAGACACUUGCCAAGAUGGUGGAAUCACAAGAUGUAAAGAUUUGACAUCGUUAAAUUGACAUUGGAGAGCAAAGCUGGACUCCUAGAUCUUUUCACUCAAACAUGGGUGAGACGUAUGUGGAAAGAGGAAAUAACUGAGAUUCAGUAUAUUUUCCUCAGCACACUUCUACAGGCUGCUAAUCAAAGCUUUCAGUACUUCACAGACUGGGAUACUGAGAGCCCCUAUACACUACAUGCUACGUAUAUGGACAGCCUUGAUGACAUACACGUUUU